AUGUGCCUAGGAGAGCUGCUUCCUGAAGGCGUGGAGCAGCUGGUACUUGCCUUCUGCGCGAGAAAGGAGCAACUCAGUGGUCCAAUCUUGGAGCUUGGUAUGGGCACGGGCAAGGUCGCGUUGCAGAUCUUUCUGAUGCUGCGCGUUGACGUGCUCGGGCUGGAGCUUGCACCGAGCCGCUACGCCCUCGCUGCUGCAGCACUUCACAAGCUGGCACAGACCAGCGAGCGCUUUCAGGUCCAGGACCGCGGAGAUGAAGCCUCAGAGCUGCUGGACCGCCAACAUAACGUACGUUGUGAGUUUCGUUGUGCCUCCUUGCUGGAUACACCAGAAGACAUGAUGCAGAAGGCCUCUGCUGUUGUUAUGGAGGUCUGCCUCCCGCUGGAGGUCCAGCGUCAGGCCAGCAAGCGGCUCCAAAGCUGCCGGAGGGGCUGCCGUGUCGUCAGUUACUCCGCUCUCCAUGGUUUAGUUGAGGAUUGUCGCCUCGCGCCUGUCGACGCGUCUGGUACGGAUCGCCUGGGCGACGGCCGUGGAGGUAUUUGCCUUGCGGCAUCGUGGAAGCCCAUGGGCCAUGGCUUUGCUUUCUACGAGAUGGCAGGCACAGCUGCAGAUGCUGCAGUUGCAUGGGUCGAAGCAGAAAAGACAAGAUGCGAAGGCGCGAUCCAGAUAGAUGUCACUGGUUGUCCCUCGCGUGCUCGACGACUGCGCUACACCGACGAGGUUUUGGCUGACCCUGUCCUUUCGCAAUAUCCGUGGAAAGCAGGCGACAGAAUUUUGGUUGGCUAUUCGUGGCUUCCCUUCCCGGAUCUUGGGGACCCUGACGACGGUAGUGCUGGGGGUUUGGAUGGAGUGACUUGGAUGCCGGCCUUCGUGGUUUCUGUUUUCGACGACAACUUUGUCAACGUUUGCUAUGAAGACGAUGGCACGGUGGAAGAGAGAGUGCACCCAGAUAGGAUUCGAGUCCCUGGCAAGCCUCGCAAAGUGCGGACAGACCAAGCCGCAAAUGCAGUGACUUGA